AUGCAGCGCUUAUUCGGGAUUGAGAUCAAUUACAGUUUGGCUCUCCGUGCAAGAAAUAUCGCGAUUGAGAUCACGUAUGGUGAUUUUGGGAACUCCUAUCAGAUGCUCCCGUCGUAUUUGUGUAUGCUGAGAAUGAGUAAUCCUGACACGUUAUAUGACCUUGAGAUGAAGGCUGAUGGCGAGUUCCAUCAUAUGUUUGUUGCACUUGGACAAAGCAUGGCUGCCUUUGGGAAUAGUUACUUGAUGCCGGUCAUCGUCGUAAACGGGACCCAUCUGAAGGGAAUGAAUAGCGGCAUUUUGUUCGUUGCUGUUACAAAGGAUGGGAACGAAGGAAUAUUUCCUCUCGCAGUUGGGCUUGGUCCUAUUGAGAACGACGAGUCUUGGACUUGGUUCUUCCACCGACCGAGGAGUUUCUUUGGUCAGCCUGAUGAUCUCUUGAUAGUGUCUGAUCAGCACAAGAGCAUCAGAAAUGCUGCGGAGUGUGUCUACCCGAACGUCCCGCACGGGUUGUGUUAUUAUCAUCUGCAGAAGAAUCUCGCGCAUUAUGGGUUGCAUGUAGCUGCAGUCUUCAAAGCAGCGGCAUAUUCCUAUCGAUCAGACGAUUUUCAUAGGAAUUUUUCUGCGCUUGAAGUACUGAAAGUCAACGCGCACACACGCCUUGACACUAUUGGUGUCGAGAGAUGGGCUAGGUCCAAGUGCCCUGUACGACGUACGAGCUUCAUGACGUCGAAUGCUGCCGAGACGAUGAACAGUAGGCUGUUGUGGGCACGACGCCUCCCGGUUGCCUCAUUGAUAGAGUCCUAUCGAGCUAUUUUGGAGAAAUGGUUUGAUGCACGAUGCCUCUCGACUGCAUCGAGGUCACAUGAGUUGAUUGAGGCGUGCAGGAUUGCAAGUCAUGGAUUUUGUUGGAAAAUAUUUCAAACAAUCCGUGUUGUUGGCCACAUACACGGAGCUAUUGUUCCCGUGCCACAUCCUAUGUAUUGGAAUGUGCCUGAAUCGAUAUCAGCCUAUGUUGUGAAACCCCCAGAUAUCACAGAGCAUGCGGGUCACCCGAAGAUGAGUAGGGCUCGUUCAGCAGUCGAGGGUCCUCCUAAGUCAUGA